GGCGCAUACGUAACUGACUAUGCUGCAGAACAGCUACCGGUAUGACAACGCAGAAAGAAGUUCAAUUGAAAGAGAAACAUUAAAAACACUCGGCUACCAUAUGCCUUUGGGUUAGAGACAGCGGCUUUAACUAAUUUGCACGGCGCCGAAAACUGACACAUAUCGGAAACCGGUUUAACCAGUAAUCGUGAGUGCCAAUAUAAACAAACAAGAGAGCCAAAUGCUUUAAUUAAAGUCUACAGGACCCAACGCCCGGCUUCUACAUCAAGGCUCGAUAUGUUGUUACGUUUAUGGCGGCUGUUGGUACAAUUAAUCUUUAUUUACUUCGGAAUUCCUUGAACAUUGCUAUUAUUUCAAUGGUCGGGGUCAAAAAUUCUUCUCUAGACGUGGGGAACCAAAGCGAAACGGAGAGUUUGCAAACUACUGUUCACGUAUGCCCUCGGUACCAAACAAAUUCGACGACCGAUGUACAUUUUACGCAAUAUCAGCAAGGAGAAUUCGAUUGGACAUUGGCGAAACAAGGGUUGUUGCUGUCAUGUUAUUUCUAUGGCUACACCUUUUCCAAUAUACCUGGUGCUUGGGUUGCUAAGUUAUUCGGAAUUCGUGCCACGCUUGGAGUUGUCUCGUUCGUUUCUUCAAUCUUGACUAUUCUUAUACCACUAACAGCCCGCCUAAACUUCGGUUUUCUGGUAGCUGUACGAUUGUUAAUAGGUCUGUUUCAGGGAGUCACUCUGCCAACGAUAAUGCAGGCAAUUGGAAUUUGGUCUCCGCCGUGUGAGCACACUCGUCAUAUUGCUAUCAGUUUUAUCGGGGUAACAUCCGGAAAUAUGGUCGCGUUCACUCUGGCCGGCCUUAUCGUCGCCUCGUUCGGUUGGGAGUGCGUGUUUUAUGCGGCAGGGGGUAUUGGCUGCUUGUGGUCGAUUGCUUGGGUUUUGUUAAUUCACGAUUCCCCACUUAAACAUCCCAGGAUUUCAAAACAGGAAUCAAUUUACAUAACGAAAAGUCUUUCGGAGGCAGCAUCUGCAGAAAGCGGGAAAAUCACUUUAAAGAUUAUACCGUGGCGUAAGAUAUUGACGUCCAAGCCGUACUGGUCAACUGUUGCCCCGCAUUUGGCUGAAACUUGGACGACCGCAAUUACACACUAUUGGGUGCCUCAAUACAUUGCCAAGGUUCUGGGCUUUAGCAUUGAAAAUGUUGGAUUCUUAUCAUCACUACCAUAUGGACUCAACGUGUUCAGUUUGGUUAUGAGCGGUUUUCUCUCGGACUUCAUUUUAUUGAAGACACAAAUACGCAAGACUUUUCUUCGAAAGGUGUUUUCUAGCAUUGGGUUGGGAGGUACAGCUUUGUCUUUUCUGAUUUUACCUUCAUUCGGGUGUAACCAUACUCUUGCCAUUGUGUUGAUAUGUACGUCUUAUAUGUUUGUGGGGUGCAACUAUUCCGGGUACCGUGUGGCUCUUGCAGACAUGGCGCCUUCGUACUUGGGCAUUAUGUACGCCAUUUCUAACACGUUCUCAUGUCUACUGGUGUUAUUUGCAACACAGAUAGUCGGAAUAAUGCUUGGAGAUGGCUCGCUCCCGUACUGGAAAACUGUGUUUUAUGUAACUGCGGCAAUAUCCGCAUUCGGUCUGUUUGUAUACCUUUGGUUUGGAACAAGCGAGUUGCAACCGUGGGCAAAAUCUAAAACAAAACAAGAGAAUAAAGAGGAGACGAAACUCUUUGUGGAGAUGUCUGAAACACUUUAAAUGGUUAUCAAUGACGAAGGAAACCAGGUUCGAAGCUCGGUGCUGCUGAUUCGAGUUUAUAUUUUCUCACAGCUUUAAAAAAUCAUUAUUUUGUUAAAACGCUACUGUAUAUUCUGAAAUCUCAUUACAUUUGGCAUUUUUUGUAAAGAGCUUAUUGUUUUAAUGUUUAUGUGAAAUGUUUAUUCAGUUAAUGUCACAUGAUUAAAACAGUUAUAUGGCCUAAGCGUAAGGUGUUGUACUGCGGGUAAAAUGGGACACCCUAUUCUUAAUACGUCAUGGUCAUAAUAGGCUAUGUAAUAUAUAAUAAAAUGUGCUUUAAAAAAUAUAUAAAAUGUGCUUUAAAAAAUAUAUAAAAUGUGCUUUAAAUGAACAACCCCAUCUCCCCCCACCUUACAACAUAAGCCAGUGAUUACUAUACAUUGUCCAAACUGGUGGUCUUAUAAUAUAGUACUGUGGGGUAAGAUGGGACAUCUAUUCAUUCUAUUUUCUCGUCCCACCUAAGGUAUUUUUGUAUAUCUUUAUUUGAUUACAACAACAAAGUAUAAUAACAGUUUAAACAGCGAACAGACGAGGCAUAGCAGCAGAAAAUUAUAAAACCUUACGACUCCCACAGACCGUUGUUAAAUGUUUAAAACACAACCAGGAUAUUUAGAUAUUAUGUGCCUAAAGUGUCCCAUCUUCCCCCACCCUACUAUAGACAACAAUCACCUGAAAAGUCAGCAUAAGAUGUAUGAACCACAUAUACAUAAAAAUCUUCUUUUUUGUGUUAUUACUCUGACUUGAUCAAAGCAAUAAUAAGAAGUUUAUCAUUACUAUUAUAGUAGGGUGAGGGAAAUGAGACACCGUUUGCACACAUAAUAUCCUGGUCGUGUUUUAAACAAUUAACAACGGAAUAUGGAAGUUGUGGGGAUAC